GUAAUUUUCGAGAAACACGAUAAAAGAGUAGACGAACAAAGACGAAUAAAAACAAAAGAAGAGAGAUAACCGAUUAACUGGAAGGGGAGGAAAAAAAAAAACGUGACUUUCCUCUUUCCCUGACAUGUAACGAGAAAAAAAUAAAGUAAGCAAACAAAUAAACUGAAUAAAGGAAACGAAUGAAAACUCAGAAAAAAAAAUUACAAUAGAAAAAAGAUAAAAAAUUAGCAAGAAAAACAAGAGACAAAAAGAAAAGAAAAAAAGAAACAUCAAACGAAGAGAAAUUGAAUGAACGAAAUUAAAAAAAAAUUGAAUCGAGGAAAAAAAUAGUGAAGACAAAAAUAAACAAUGAACUAAUGUAUAAUGAAAAAAAAAAUAGAUAAUGACUGAAUGUAUAAUGAAGAUCCAUCCAUGUUGUGAGAAGUGGAGUAAAAUUGAUAGUGAAAGUAAGAUUGAGUUAGAGAGUUAAUUAAUCGGAAAUCUAAUUAGUGUUUGACAGAUACGAGAUGAUGACUGGUAUUAGUGAGAAAUUAAGUGUGUGAGUGUGUGUUUGGUGGAAGUGAAAGUUAAAUAAGUGUUUGUUGUUGUUUUUAAGUGGAAGGCUGAAGGAAUACUAGAAGGAGGAUACAGACAGACAAACAGACAGACAGACAGGCACGUAAACAAACAGGCAAAGCGGAUCUUCUACUACUACUAUUACUACUACUAUUACUACUACUACUACUACUACUACUACUACUACUACUAUUAAUGAUGAUGACACAUUCUAAAUCUUACGUUGUGAACAAAACGAAAGGUGUCGAUGGCGCCCUCUACCUCCCACGAGGUCCCGGGCUGGACGACAGGAUGCGGGCUGAGAUAUCCGGGGAGAGAACAUGCUGGACCUGCUGGAGAAGAUGGCCAAGUACCGCAUUGAUGACCAGCGCUGCUCCCUGCCCCACCCCAUCCUCUACCCGACCCAGGGCGUGAGAGAGGGCCCGGGCAAGCCGCCCCCUGACAAGGAAGAGCCCCCGCAAAGGCCUCGAGCAGGACCCGCCUGGAGGAGACCCUGAACCAGCCCCCGCCUUACCAGCAGGUGGUUAUUCCUGACAACGGGGAGUACUGGGACGAGCGGCCAGCGGGGGGCGGCGACCCUGACAUCACCCCCACUAGCACCACCGGCUCCAUCACCAGCACCAUCAACAACAACAACAACAAUAACAUCAACAACAACACCAAUAAGUUUGAAACGGACGAAUCGGCAACCUACUACAGGCGGUUCUUCUCUGGCCAGGAGCACUGGAACUUCUAUAGCGUAGACGCGUCGCAGGGCCCCGUGGUGGUGAGUCAGCGGCGGGAGGGAGACAAGGUGCGAAUACUGGUGAGGCUGAGUGACGGCUUGCACCACGCCUACAUCCCUGCCACCGGCCAGGACCUCAAGCCCGCUGCACUGGUUAAGCGUGUGAAGGAGGACCUGUCGGUGGAGCGGUUCAGCCCUGUGGUGAGCCCCGAGGCGCCGCAGCUCAUCCUGGAGUACGACGAGCACGCCCUCAAGAACCAAUUCAAGUUUGGCCUCAUCGUGCAGCGCUUCCGCCAGACUGUGGAGGAGCAGCUCUUCGCCAACACUGGCCACUCCCCUGCCCUGGAGCAGUUCCUCAGCCUCAUGGGGCGCAGAGUCAAGUUGAAGGAGCAUGAGGGGUUCAAGGGCGGCCUGGACACACAGUUCGGGCAGACUGGGGAGGAGAGCCUGUAUGAGGUGUUCCGGGAAAAGGAGGUGAUGUUCCAUGUGUCCACCAUGCUGCCCUUCAAGGAGCAGGAUCCCCAGCAGUUGGAGCGCAAGAGGCACAUCGGCAACGACAUGGUGGCGGUGGUCUUCCAAGAGGAGAACACGCCCUUCGCCCCAGACAUGGUGGCCUCUCACUUCCUCCAUGCCUACGUGGUGGUGCAGCCCAUCGACCCCUGCACCCCCAACACCAGGUAUCGGGUGAGUGUUACAGCAAGGUCUGAUGUCCCCUUCUUCGGCCCCACACUUCCGCCUUCCUCUACCUUCGCCCACGGUCCACUUUUCAAGGAGUUUCUGUUGACCAAGCUAAUCAACGCGGAGAUGGCCUGCUACAAGGCACACCGAUUUGCCAAGUUGGAGGCACGCACUCGCAGCUCGCUCCUCACCACCCUCGUUGAUGACCUGCGGAACAAGACGAGUGAGUUCCUGGGCCAGGCGGAGGUGCAGGAGGCCCCCAAGGUGGAACCCCCGACCACCCGGUUCAGGGACAUUGUGGCCUCACUAAUAGGCCGCAAGAACCAGGAUGGGACCAGCGCACCAGGGGGAAAGAAGCCACCCCAGACCCCGAACACCUUGGUGACUAUCACUCCACAGAGCACCCGCAGCAAGGGCAGUGGGGAGAGCAGCGGGCCACGGACACCCCCUUCCAGCCCAGACACCACACCCAACACUCACCUGGCACACUAUGAGAGUGACGACUCCUCCCUCAACUCCAUGGACAUUGACACCCACCCCCACCCACUCAACGAGGACUCCGACACCGGCCUGGAGUCCAUGUCGUCCGCUGAGACCCCGCACAAGGUGGCUGCUGCGUGUCCGCUGUGUGGGGGCCAGGAGGAGGGUCCCUGUGCCCUCCACGCUGACCCCGAGGCCGUCCUGCGCCAGGUGGAGGCUCUCAAGCAGGAGAUUAACAAGCUCAAGUGUGAUAAGCUGGAUCUCCUAAGGCAAAAUGUGACUUGCCAGCGAGAUAUUAAGAAACUCAAGGAGAAAGAAUUAAAACACGCGAGUGAUCUUGUGUCUGCCACGAAGGAGAUCGCAAGGCUUCAGGGUCUGCUCAGCGACUUUGGGACGGGCCAGGUGUCCGCUGUGUGAGGUCAGGGCAGGUCAGAUGUGGCUGGUUUGUCCCCUCCCCUCCCCAGUGACCUUGUAGCGUGGAGCUGAGGUCAAGGGUUAGCACUGUGGUGUGAAAAGAGGUCAGAGAGGUGUGUGUUAUACCUGGCCACCUCUCUUUUUCUCUCAUUCUCCCUCUCCCCAAGGUGAAUGGAAUGCAAUGAGUGUCGAUCUGUCUUGUCUUGUCAAUUUUCACUGUGACGUUAUCUUUGUAAGGUUCUAUUUGAGUCAUCUUUGUUUUGUAUUUUGUUUUCUUGAGUGUCUUGAUCCUCCUCCUCUUCUUUAACUUUCAUUCCUCCACCCAAACAAGUGAUCUUGCUCCUCUUAACACAGUCAAGCUUCACUCUUUGUUCCAUCCUCUUCUUCCAGUCCAUCUUUUUUUUUUUUUUUUUUUCCCCCACAGUCGUUAUUUCCCUCCACUCAAUUCAACUGAUCGACAAAAACUGGUUCUGGAGGAGUCGUGUCUGCGUGCAAGCGUAGCAGUGCUGUGAGGGAGAGGCUGAGCAUGCAUGCGUGCGUGCGUCCCAUGUGUGCGUGCGAGAGUGUGAGCACGUGAGUCUGUGUACGUGAUUUGCUUGUCUGUCUGCCGCCUCUUUCACACUGGCCAAAGAUGAUACCAAAGUGUGUACAUAAUUGUGGUACAGACCAGUGUGGUUGACAAGAUAAACAAAAAAAAAUAACUGAGGGUGACAGAAAUAAUGUUAAUGCCCUCAAAAAAAAAAGUAUAAAUAUACAUAUAUAUAUGAUUGGAAAAGAAAGAGCAGUGGCGGCAACAACUGUGAACUCUGAACUGUGGAACCUCCCUCCCUCCUCCCUCUUACCUGGAUCAAGGACACAAGGCUGGCCAGCAACACUCUGCUGGGCCGGGAACAAAAAGACAGACAGUGUGUAGCAUUUAUUAUCCACUUGUUCAAAAAGCAGAAAAAGAAAAAAAAGAUUGACAUGUACUGUACCUUAAUCCAACCCGUACGCCGUUUAUCCUUCCGUAAGGCUCACCAAGUGUAGGUAAAGGUGAGAUUUCUGUUGUCACCUUGUGUACAUUGAUUCUUAUUGUGCUUGUUUCCUUCCAAGACACAAACAUAGACACACAAUCCCACACAUGUAUAGAUUAACACACACAUGCACGUACAUACACAUACACACAGACAUACACAAACUUUUCCCAGCUUAUUAUACCAAAUAUGUAGGUUUAAGUUGACGCGAGAGGAUCCUGCAGUUUUUAGUCAUUCCCAGAUUUGUAUAAUAUUCCUGCCCUCAUUACUAUCCGUUGGCAACUUCCUUUCUCCUCUCAUCGUCCAGUCACGUUAUUUUUGUGUCCUUGUCUUGCCUUCCAUCCCGUGAUUGUGUUACUGACGGCAGACAGCAGCACUGCCCCCAUCAGUGUUCCAUUAGAGGGAAAUUUGAAAGAUGAUUCAUACUUGUGAUCCACUUUGUGAUGUGAGGAGGAGGUGUAUGUGGUGUGUGGAGGAGGAGAAGCAGAUGAUUGUUGCUUCCUGGUGAUGUGAAGGAAUGGUGUUUUCUUGAGUCAGGAAAAUGAGUAACUAUUUUCCUUGGUGACUAAAAGAAGGAAGAUGUAGCAAUUUCUUUCCAACAUUUGGAAGAGUGAUUCUUAAUGCAAUUAGAUCCUCGGUAAUAUUAAAAGAAUAGUUACUUAAAUUCCUUCCUGUAAAAUUGGUAAUUCAUUUGGCGGCACAAAAGAAGGCAUGGUUUUCUUGCAAGUCAAUGACAUCAACAAAGGAGGAGUUGUUUGUGAUGCAGUGACCAGUGUGGGGAAUGAGCUCAUCAUGCUGGUGCUGCUGUGUUAUGGUGUGGGAAGCAUCAAGGAGCGCUGAGUGUGUGAGUGUGUGUGUGUGUAGCCACUAGCAAGGAAGGUCAGGAUUGGUGACUGUCUACUAGGCACCUCUGUGGACCCACAUUACCCGUGUGCUGUGUCUUCGUGCCAUUGGUGGCCUGGCGCGGCAGGGAAUUGUCUCCAUGCUGUAGGAGCGAAGUGGAAAAGGUUGCCAAGUAAUUGUAACUAUCUGCCUAAUUGCAUUUGAGAGAACUGCUCAGCAUAGAUCCUAACUUUUUUUUUUGUAGCUCCAUAAUACAUGUGCUAAUAUUUGAGUACAUAAUAUAUAAGAGGUUCUGUAACUCCUAACUAUAGAACUGAACUAAUGGAAUCCAGUCCAUACUUGCUCACAUCUUAUCCUUUGCUGACUUUGAAUGUAGGACGUGUGGAGCGUUGCCGCCUCACGUACACUACCCAAGCUUGAAUCAAGUGUCGAGUGUCAACUGUGGUAACUUAGGUGCUUACUAGAUCAAAUACAUGAAGAUGAUCAAAUAGAUUAGCUUCAAAUCAUCUUGAAUCUUCCUUACUAAUGGUCUGAGCAGCUUGAAGAAUUUGUUCCAAGUUGUGAUUUCAAUUCAAUUAUCCUGUUGUUGAAAGUUUGGCUCCUUUUGGCUUCACAUGUUUGUUGUUCAUUUGUCCCUCAAUUUGUGAUCUGAGUAACUGUAGAUGUGCUCUUUUCAUGUUCCCAUAGGAUGCUGUUCCCUCAGUAGCUCAUAGGGUUCAAUAAUGUGUUCAGGACAAAAGUUAUAUCCGCAUAAUUACUGUAGUGUAUACGUACUGAUCUUAUUGGAGACUUUAAUUUUGUCUUGGUUAUGUAGUCAUUAAUCGUUACACUUAUACUUUGAUGUCAUUUAUGAUUCUAAAGGUUGCAUUAGUAAUCUGGGGUGGUGCCAAGAUCAUCUACAGACCAGGAAAUUAUUUUAAACUUCGACAUGAAAACAAAACACAAAAAAAGCGCAUUGCGAGAUGAAUGGAGUAAUGGAAGGCAGUGAUCCUCUUUUGUUUCUUGUGACUUGACUGAGUGACCUGAUGUGGGAUGUUGCAGUCAGGUCAAGGAAGGAGUGACCUUUACUGAGCUUUACUAAGUGGUAGGUCAGGUCAUCUUAGGUAAAUGAAAGUACAUACGUAGGUGUGAGAAAGUGAGAGAAUGAAAACUUCUGAUCAAUAUUAUUAGGAAGAAUGAAAAUGCCGAUGUGUAUUAUUAUUAAGUUUUCUACACAAUUUAAGUUUAAAGAUUCUACAAAGAUAUAUAUAUAUAGAUACAGUAUAUAUAUAUUAUAUUAUAUAUGUCACCACAGCCAAUGAGAGGCAAGUGGUGCGCACAAUGCCUAGUAAGUAUUGCACACAGCUCCCUUCCAACCCUAGGUAUUCAUAACCACCAUAACUGUGUUGCAGGGCCCAGCCACACCCUAGGUAGCUCAGGGUGUUACUGCUAGGGUGUGUAGGCCAUCAGUGUGUAGCUUGCAGGGUGUUACAUAACGGUGUGUCAACAUAAACAAACAACCCGAGGGAAGAAGUAAGUGUGUGGACUCCAGUAAAGGACUCACAUUUCCACUCAUUGGCUCACCUCCAGCAUCAGUGAGCCGUGACAAAACAUUGGAAUUUGUAUUUAUUUUUAUUGUGCUUACUGAUCAUCAGAUGUAUUUAAUUUUUACUUUAUCUUUUAUCUUCUUAUUUUCCGUGAGUCUGCUGGAGGAGUGUUGAUGUGUCUCUCCAGCCAUCAAAGCACCAGGAGGGCAUGAGCAGAGUGUGGUGCUGGUGGUGUGUGUAGCAUGACAUGGUGGUGGUGUGGCUGGACCGCUUGACCCGCCACCUCAGCCAGGGCAGAGCAGGUCAGGUCAGGUCAGGUUGGACAGGAUUAUGGGAGCCACACUGAAAGAGUAGGAGAAUUGUACAAAAAAACUUUAUUUUGCUAUGAUAGGUAGUGGGACCGUGCAGGUGUGAGCUCCAGCCAACAGUUUGGCUUGGGAGGCAUCGGGAAGGUGUGGCGGUGGUGUGCAGGUGUGGCCGUUUGGGUGUGACCUCACUCUCUGGGUGCUGCUGUGUCUCAUGUGUCCGGGACAGUGGUUCUUAGGAUGAAUCUUGGACGUACAUCCUAAUUUGGUAAUGAAGCAAUAAUUUUGUCAUACUUUUCUAUUGUUAUUUUGUUGCUAUUUGAAUCUGUAAGUGGAUGUCUCAACACUGGUGUAGUUUGGGAAUCCUUCAUGAAAAAUUGUCAAAUUGGGAGGCUUCCAAUGUUCCCAAGUGCUGAUAUGAUGUAAAUUUGUAACUGCAGGUCGCAAAAUUUGUAUUUCUCAAGGUCACUAACUGCUCAGAAAAUUUAUUAUGGAAUUAAAUUAAUCAUAAGACAGAGAGACCAUAUCUUUAUGGAAUAUGCAAGGAACUGUUUUGCUUUAAGAGACCAGAAUACAUAUUCACAUAAUUCAUAGUACAAUGGGAUGAAGUACAUGAAAUCUGAAGAAAAAAACAUAUAAACAUAAAAUCACAUGUAUGACAACGACAUGUAUAAUGAUGUCAUACUUAAAAAUACUUCAUGAUUAUCUUUAGUAAAUAAGGUUUUGUAGAAGCACCAUGAUUUUUAUGUCAAAGUAUUACUGGGCGUGUUUGGCACAAAGGUAAUUGUACCAGAGUAUAUAAACUGAUUUCUAUUCCUGUACCUUGGAGAGUAAGGUGAUGACUUGAAAUGAAGUGGUGGUGAUACACCAUUUUGUCUUCUGAUGUACAGACCCAUCACGAGCCUUGCUUCAUUAUUUUGUCACAGUUUGUAUUGUUACUUCACUGAUUUGAUAUUGCCCUUAGAAACUGCGAUAUUUAUUGUUUUCUUAUUGAUUUUGUAUUGUGUGAUAACUUUCUUUUACUUAUGGUGAUCAAUAAUUAAGAACAGGACACAUAUAUGAAAAGGAAGAACAUGCUGGUCUUCUACAUCGGGAACCAACAGUUUUGUGUGAGCUGUGAGGACAGACAGAGGCCCAGUGAAGAGGAGACACUUGCAGCGGGCUGGUGUAUAAUGACUGUCAACCACAUGAAGGAGUGAAAUAAAUCAAUUCAAAACCAAUAUGCAGUUUCCAAACCAGUGAUCUAGAAAUGAAGAAGUGAACAGAUUUUUUGGUCAUCAAAACAAGUUCACUUUCCUUGUACAUUUUCUCGUCUUGCAAGUUUGUUUUAUUGGCAUAUUUGAUUCAGAGACCAUGAGAUUGGAUAACAAAAUCAGUUCAAAUCAAAGUGAAACUGCUUGGUGGCUGCUCCAAAUGGUGUGCCUGCCUUCCAAAAGACAACCAAUACAAACAGCACUCAGGAAUUCAGUAGGAGCGCCACACAACCUUGCAAGCACAAUGGCUCAAGGAAAGAAGGAUUAUACAUACAAGACACAAUAAGCUUGCGCACCUCUUUUCUCCAUCACUGGUAAUGCCAAACUGUAUGUACAUUCACAAUUCAGAAUCAAACUAUCUGGAUGUGUCACUAAACAUGGCAUCUCUUUACAUACGCCAGCCCCACAACUACAGAAGAGCGAUAUAAUACUUGAAUGUGAUUUCCCGCACUAAGGACCCUAUUCUGAAACAUGCGCUGCACCUCGACUACUUACAAAAGGCUCUAGUUGAAGUUACACGGCUUUUCAAGGUUCUUUUUAUGGUUUCUACAUUAUUAACAGGAAAAACGCUCUUGAGAAAUAGGUUAAUCAUCUCUGGCCUUUAAAAAUAGUCGUGGUGAGAACAGAGCGUUUCAGAAUACGGGACUAAGUUAGAAGCAGAAGUAUUAGGCCAGUCUUCUCUUCACGGAUCUCUGUCCCCGAGGUUCAUAGACGUAAGAGAGUAAGGAAAGAACUUGGGAUGUUUUAGUAUCGCCGCAAAGGUAUACCAGCAGACGCCAGAGAGCGUGUGCGCGUCCCUGGCCCUCGUGUGCGCCACCUGUACUGUCCACCAUGAGUGCUGCUUGUGUGCAUAUGAAGUAAACAUUAACCAAUCUGU